AAUGUUCUGACUUGCUCUAAGAUGAAGGUAUGGAAGUUUGCAGCCAUUGCAUCGAUGCUCCUCAGUUCCAUGUUAUCCAUUUUAGUUUGUAGAGACAUGUUCAACGGAAGCCGGAAAUACAGCCCCUUGCCUUCCUCGCCGUCUUCCUCACGGGCAUCCUCCUCCUCCUCGCUGCCGGCGGCUCCGCGGAGAUCCCCACGGGCCCUGCAACGCCACAGCUCGCUGCUCUCCCAGUACAGCAGCUUGCUGGAGAGCUACACAGAGGGGGAGAUCCAGCAGCUGAUCUCGGCGCUGGUGGAACGCUACAGCCAGGCCAUGAACUCGGGCAGCCAUGAGCUGCCGCUCUUCCCCCGGGCGGGCAGCCGCAGGAAGCGCGCCCGCGCUCGCCACAAACCCUGCGCCCUGAAGGAGCUGGAGGUGAGCGUCAGCGAGCUGGGCCUGGGCUACGAGUCGGAUGAGACAGUGCUUUUCCGCUACUGCAGCGGCACCUGCGAAGCGGCCAUCCGGAGCUACGACCUCUCGCUGAAGAGCAUGAAGAGCAGGAGGAGGAUCAAGAAGGAGAAGGUCCGGGCUCGACCCUGCUGCCGGCCACUGGCCUACGACGACGACGUCUCCUUCCUGGACGCCUACAACCGCUACUACACCGUCAACGAGCUCUCGGCCAAGGAGUGCGGCUGCGUGUGA